GGGGGAUACAACGAACAACAGACGCCACCGACUCUGCACGGGUUUAGACCCUCAAAACCCAUCUCCUCUGCAAUCACGACCUCGGAAUCCGUUGGAUAUCGGUGCUAUUGAAGAGUAAGAGUCUUUAGGAAGAAAAAACGGAUCCGUUAGAGGCAAAAGGAGGCGUCUGCGCACAUCGACGGCCGUUAGCGGGCUCAGCUAUUCGCAUCGCGCGACACAUCUCGCCCGCAAAACGUCGGGCUGAAUAAACGAGUAUUUUUGUUUAUUCAUAUCCACAUCCUUAAAACUGAGCGACACAGCAGAAUCUCAGAGGGUUCGGCGGAGCUGUCCGGCUCUUGCUCGCACUGCAGGCCUGGGUGUGGGUGCGGAGAAUGCUAAAGGAUGAGUCAGAGGGACACCCUGGUUCAUCUCUUUGCUGGCGGCUGUGGGGGCACUGUGGGUGCUAUACUGACAUGUCCAUUGGAGGUGGUGAAGACGAGGCUGCAGUCUUCGUCAGUGACACUGUACAUUUCUGAAGUACAGCUCAGUACUGUGAAUGGGGCCAGUGUGGCCCGUAUGUCCCCACCGGGGCCUCUGCACUGUCUCAAGUUAAUACUGGAGAAAGAAGGUCCUCGCUCACUCUUUAGGGGGCUGGGACCCAACUUGGUGGGAGUGGCUCCUUCCAGAGCAAUAUAUUUUGCUGCCUACUCCACAGCCAAAGAGAAGUUGAACAAUGUGUUUGAUCCUGACUCGACACAGGUGCACAUGCUGUCCGCUGGUUUAGCAGGGUUCACUGCCAUCACAGCGACCAACCCGAUCUGGCUUAUAAAGACUCGCUUGCAGCUUGAUGCCAGGAAUCGUGGCGAAAGGCGCAUGAGUGCAUUUGAAUGUGUCCGGCGGGUCUAUCAGUCAGAUGGGUUACGGGGAUUCUACAGGGGCAUGUCCGCUUCCUAUGCUGGCAUUUCAGAGACUGUCAUCCAUUUUGUCAUCUAUGAAAGCAUUAAACGCAAACUCAUGGAGUCCAAGGCCAAUGCUAAUAUGGAUGACGAAGAUGAAUCUGUAAAAGAUGCUUCAGACUUUGUCGGAAUGAUGCUGGCUGCUGCCACAUCCAAAACGUGUGCUACAUCAAUUGCUUACCCUCAUGAGGUUAUUCGUACAAGACUUCGUGAGGAGGGCAGCAAGUACCGAUCGUUCUUCCAAACUCUAAACAUGGUGUUCCGAGAGGAGGGUUACAGAGCUCUGUACCGAGGCCUCACCACUCACCUGGUCCGACAGAUCCCCAACACUGCAAUCAUGAUGUGCACCUAUGAGCUGGUGGUCUACCUGCUCAAUGGUUAACUGCUAAAUAGACAAAGAAAGAGAGGGAGAGAGACAGACAGAGAGAGGGAGACAAACAGGGUGAGAAAUUGAAAGCUAGAUGGAGACAGAGAAGAGAUUGUCCCAGGCCUAGACCAAAGGAAGUAGAACAAAUCUAGAAACGCAUUGUUAACCUAGACCUCCAGAGGGUGCUGAAGUCUCCUAGAUCUAGAGAAAGAAAAGGGGAGGGAUUCAAGCCUGUCAGACUGGAGAGCGUUUCAAAAAGCAAGACUGAUGGUGAACAGACAUGCGAAAGCAUUCUGUCCAUUUGUUUCUCUUGAAAUGUUUUACGAGAAGUCCAUUUUGAAAGGACAAUCAAAUAGGGGAAUGCUUGAGGAAAAAGAAAAAAGAUGGAAGCAGCAGAAUUCCUUUACAGUCAGACAAGAAAAUACUGGAUUUACAUUCUCUGGUAUCGUUUAAUUUCAUUCAUCCUUUCACAGUCAUUUCAUUUCAAAAAUAUUUUUUAAUGUAAGCCAGUGUUUUAUAAAACUCUGAUUUCACUCUCUUUAAAAAGAAAAAAAAAAGUCGGUGAAGAUCUGAAGUGACAAUAAUUGAAGUAUUGAUGAUUGUGCAGAAGUAUUUCGAAUGUGCAGUGGAACGUAGCACUACUGUGAAGGAUGUUUCUUUCCAUUUCAGUACCUCACCAAGUUUCAUAAAAACAUUUUUGUCUUUCUAGAAGUUCAAGCAUUCCCCUCUAGAGGUCACUUUCCACUCUUUUCUAGCCAUGCAGAUGGUUUUCCAGGCACAAAUGUCCAUUUGCUGUCAUUAAUUCACGGUCAUGUGAUCUGUGGCCCCUCAUGUGCUUCAAACUGAAGUGUUUUUUUGUUUUUUGUUUUUUUUUUGUUAUGUUUAUAUUAAGUUUAACCAUAUUUUAAUAGUUUAACCACAUUGUGUGUUUUUUUUUUUUUUUUUUUUUUUUUUUUUUUUUUUUUGGGCUGGGGGGGAAUUAUCGUAUUGUUGCCCUAAUAUCAGUAUAUAGUAUAUUCUGGGUGGUCUUUUUAAUUGGGAGAUAUUGUCCUGCUUGCAUCACUGCGCCUUUUUACUAGAAAGGAGCGUGCUCAAUUUAUCGCAACACUUCUCUUCUGCAAAUGCCUCUACUUGAAUUAUGGGUGUCGGCGAGAGCAAGAGAUGAUUUUUCCAAUGAGCUUUGUCUCUGUGUUCUCUCUUCAGAGUGGCUAAUCACCUACAAACAACAUACCACAUUGUGACAAUGUGUAGUGAGGCAAUAGAGAGUCAUUUUGAGUCGGUUGACUCUUCCGCUUACCCAUUCUUGUGGGAAAAAUAAGCUGCAUAAUUAAUGUCCCACCCUCUGGAUUCCCUCUAACAGUGGCUUUUGACUGACCAUAUAUGCACUUUGUUGCCUGUCUAGGCUUGCGCAAAACUUUUUUUUUUUCCUGUUUGGGAUAAAUGUAAUCUUGUAUUGUAAAACAUAGUAUUACUAUGUAAGCAAGACAGUGUUUUGCUGAACAGUUCCUUUUGGAAGCUGUUGUAAAGUUCAGUGUACUAAAAUUUUAGUGAAGGAUAUUCUUGUAUGUGUAUAUGCUGUAUGUAUGCAUAUCAAAUAUCCAGUGUUCAUAACUUAAGUUCUCUGAUUAUGCAGUAGUUUGCAGUUACAAAAGUGUUAUUUGAAUGGCUAAAUUUGUUUGAUAGAUAUAUCGAAGAAGGAUGUUGAAACUCAAUUUAUUGAAUGUUUUUUUUUUUUUUUUUGUUUUUUUUUUGUUUUUUUUUUUAUAAAUGUAAUUUUGUUUUUAUCACUCCUCAUUCUGGCCCCAGUCCUCAUGUCUUGCCUGAAAUGGAGUCACAAAUACCCCCCCUAACACACACACUGUUUUCAUCUCAAUUGUUUGUUUGUUUAACUUACUGUUGAAGUAAUGGUGCACAAACUGUCCACAACAAGAUGACCCACAUAAUCUUUCCUGAAAGUAACCAAUAUGUGGGCUUCGAAUUAUAAUUUGAUUAUAUUAAGCCUCAUGCUGGUAGAUCCCCUACAUAGCCUCCAGGGUACUGUACGCAUCGUAAGUAGUAAGUCAUGGUCAUGGUAGCUUUCAUCAUCAAUAUACAGAAGUGACGUGUGUUUUCAGAUACUAGUUUCAUACAUUUCAGUGUGUGCUCUCUAUUCACCUUACUGUCCAUUUCAAGUCCAUUUUGUCAUAUGUGUAAUGCCCUCCUCUCCGCUGCUAUUGAAGCUCUGGAAAAAUUUAAUGAUCUUCACCACGCAUUGUUUUUUUUUUACUGAUUAUACACACAACAUCACAAGAUAUUAUGCAAGUAGUGCUAGGCUAUUUUUCAAAGCUAACAACAUGAUUGUUCUUAUUGGUGAUUUGCUGAAUUUUGCUCAAUUUGACAAAAUAGAAGCAUAUGUUUUUGAAAACAAAAAUGAAUUUUUCAGUGUAAUUGCUACAUGUAUACUGUACUUAGUAAAAUAUUGUAAAAGAGACAAUAAACGUUAAUGGAUUAUUAAUAAUAGCUGAUAAAUAGUUGUGCUAUGUUUAAGGGGGUAGUGCCUAUGUGUUAGAAACAAACAUGCAUGAUGCUUUAAGUUGGCUUUCAGCAAAUGCACUUUACAGUCUCACAGCGGAGAGACUUUAAUGGCAUUACUAAGGUACUCUUAAUUGUAUUUUCAAAAAGCUGUGAUGGAAUUUUCAGUUGUCAAUAUCAGCCAUGAGAAACUGAAUGGAUAUAACACUUCAAAUGUGAAUUGAACAUUCUCUCAAAUGAGCCUCAUAAUUUGACAGAAAUAUUGAACAUGAUGUUCAAGAUUAAAACAUUCAUCUUCAUUUCACAGUUAAUGACAUUCAGUAGUUUUUUAUGUGUGGUGUCUGUGUUGCACAGUCUAACAUGACCAACACUAACAAAUUGCAUGUCAACACCCUUUGUUUAAUUUCAGUUGUCUGUCUUUUGCCUUUUUUUUUUUUUUUUUUUUUUUUGGUCAGUUUUUAUGGUAAACGUGGCCUAUUCUUUGCUGGAUAUGUGAAAUCAUACCUCUUUUUGUACAAACUGUCAAUAAAAAACAAUGCAAA